AUGUGGGAGCACGAUCCUGAGUCGCUGAUUUUAGAGGUCGAAUCUCGACCUAUACUUUAUGUAAAAUCAUUGCCCGAAUACGCCAGUAAGCGUCUAAAAAACGACGCUUGGGAGGAUGUAGCGAAGACAUUAUCUUGUGACUGGGAGUCACUUUCAACGGCAGAAAAAAAUAAAAGAUGCACAGAAGUACAAAACAAAUGGAAACAUAUUAGAGACAAUUUCCGACGCGAGUACCAAACACAGAGAAAUAUGACAUCUGGUCAAUGUGCAAAGAAAAGGAAAAAAUAUAGGUAUUAUGACCAGUUACUAUUUUUAAUUCCUUAUGUAAAGGAAGCCCCCACAUCAGGGAACUACAAGAUGAAAAUUAAUAAUACAGUGCAGAUUGAUUCAAAAGGAAAACAUAUAGAAAAAUCACAAGCUGCUAUUAUUCCUAGGACAGAUCAAAAUAUAAAAAAAGAAAAAAGUAUAGAAGAAGAAAUAUUGAAGAUGAUGAAAAAUGACAUGGCAACAGUUGAUGAAGAUAGAACUUUCUGCUUAUCUUUGGUGCAAUCAUUAAAAAAAAUGGAUGACGAUAAGAAAAUAGCGGCUAAAAUAGAUAUAUUAAAAAUAAUUCGUCAGUAUUCAGGAUACUCAGUGCAGAUCUCACAAACAGAUAAUAUACCCUCCACAUCUGCUCUGACUCAAUAA